AUGACAGUUUUCUACUUGAACGCCCUUGGACCAAACAGUAAAUCAUUCCUGAUGUCAGAAUAUAUUUUAACUGAUUUGGCAAUCACAGACAUCCCUCAGUGGACAACUGUAGGUACACGGGACCAAAACAACGAGAUUUUCAAAUCUCAAAAAACGUUGCUGGAACAUCUGUCCCGACAUCGCCAGUAUCUCUCAAAGACAAGUAGUGACGUGUUCGGUGAAAUUGAUUUCUACACCGAUUUAAUUGACAAGAUGUUGGUUUGGUGGAUGGACAGGCUCAGCAGUGGUCAAUAUGUGGAGGUUUGGCCAACCGUAAUGGGGUACGCAAAAGUUACAAUAGCUGCUCUCAAAAUUGGAAUAGAAAGGGCACUGGGAACAUACUUCUUCGCAGUGGGAGGCUUUGGUAGCAAAGACAUAUUUGAAAUGUAUAAUAAACAAGUGAAUACAUUCAAUGCGUUUUAUAACACGGCUAAGAUGUACAUGGUGGACGUUCAGGAGAUGGACACCUUCCAGAACGUCACUGCUAGAAUACAAUCAUUUCGGUUUACCAUCAUGAAUACAGAUGAGAAUAAUCACACUGCUGAUAUAACACUAGCACGGAAUUGGUUUGAUAAUGUCACGGUUUCUAUCAGUUCAAUACGGGAGCUCCAACAGAUUCUGGAAAACAACAUUAAUGUGGAUAUAGACGAUAAACUUGGUGACAUCACCACGAAUAUCGUCAUCAGUAUCGUAUUGAUGAUCUUUGUUCUGUGCGCGUGCCCGGUUGUUGUUGUGUCGACGGAGGCUCUCUCGAGUAGCAUACACAGAUACGCCACCACACUUGUGGACAAAACCAACGAGUUAUCGAAAGAGAAGAGAAAAACAGAGCACCUUUUGUACCAGAUAAUUCCUAGAUCAGUGGCGGAAAAAUUGAAAAAGAAGGGAAAUGUCGAAGCCGAAUAUUUCAAAUCAGUUACAAUCGGUUUUUGUGACAUCCACAAUUUUGCCAGCCUGGUUGCUGAUAGUUCACCAAGUGAAUUAGUAGAAUUGCUGAACUCCCUCUUCACUUCCAUUGAUGAUCGCUUGGACAAUCAUGACGUUUAUAAAGUGGAGACCAUAAACGACUGUUAUAUGUUGGCGUCUGGGGUGCCAAAACGGAACAAGAAAAGACACGUGGUCGAAAUAGCCAGUUUAUCUUUGGACCUGCUGAGGAUGAUGGAAAAUGGUGCAUUAUUCGUGUCUGGAAGAACCAUCCGACUUCGAUUUGGUAUCAACACAGGGCCCUGUAUGGCGGGUGUGUUAGGAUCGGCCAUGCCGAGGUACUGUCUUUUUGGAGACACAGUUAAUACCGCGUCUAGAAUGAUGUCUUGUGGUGAACCAAACAAAAUCCACAUAAGUCCUGAUACACACACUGCUCUAAACAAAUGCGGAGGAUUCGUAAUGGAAACACGAGGAGAAGGGAUUCACAUCAAGGGAAAAGGUGACAUGCAGACAUAUUGGUUAUUGGGAAAAAGCGGCUCCACCAUUUCAAACAAGUCAAUGAUAAAAGAGAAUGUAGUACAGGAGUUUGAUGCCCUUGACGACCACAAACGGAUGUCUUCACAAAGGGAGAGUCUACCAAACCACACUUCAAACACAGGCCUUUCAGAUCACAGAGAUACAUCAUCGAUGGCUCUCCCAUCUAGAAAAGUGUCCGAAACACAACCUUCAACAAAAGGAAAGAGAGCUAGCAGUUGUGCAGGAUUGCUGACUCCGAAAUGUAAACGUUCUGUCAGUAAGGUCUCACCACAAGACCAGUCAGUGGGAAAUCCAGCUGAAUCGAAUGUAGAAUGA